AUGACUGCCAGCCCUGGAACUUUUGGUUCGAUGACUCCGGGACACCAGCAUCCCAUAAACUUGAGGCUCGAACAGGAGUCAGCCUCCACCCCUGACAAGGGCAAAAUUGUCAUGAUGGGCAACAUCCCAGGAUUGCGGUGUCCAACCUGCGCAGCUGAAGGGAAAGAAGUCUGGGUGAUUCCUGGGCGCCGGUGUGGAUACUGCGGUACGCCAGUAGGCUAA